AGGACUGUAGUGCCAAAUGUAGUAGGAAUUGUUCAUCUUCUCUCUGUCAUUAUGAAACUGGUGUUUGCUUAAAUUGUCCUCGCAAGAAAUUUGGUCAACAAUGCCAAUACACCUGUGAAAAUUGUGAUUUUUAUGGAUGUAAUAUAAGCACAGGAUUAUGCAUUUAUAAUUGUGAAAGGGGGUUUUGGGGAAGAUUUUGCAAUAAAUCCUGUGGAAAAUGCCACUUUACGACCUGUGACAAAUACACUGGAAAAUGUUAUCAUUCGUAUUGUCAGACUGGAUAUUACGGAGAGAAAUGUGAUAUUCCAUGUAGUUCACAGUGCCAAAAUAGACCAUGUAAUUACGAUAGUGGUGAUUGUGAUAGAUAUGGCUGCAAACCUGGGUACUUUGGUAAAAAAUGUGAUAAGGAAUGCAGUGGUCACUGUUUCCGGAGAAUGUGUGAUCGCAAUAAUGGUAGGUGUACUGAUGGAUGUAAUGCGGGUUUCUUUGGACCUAGUUGUACAGCUCCAUGUUCUGGUAACUGUUAUAACAAAUCGUGUUUUCAAGAGAAUGGGACUUGUGUAGAAGGCUGUAAGCCCGGAUUCUUUGAAGAUCUGUGUCAAACACCAUGUUUACGGUCCGGAUUCUGUCUCCAUGAUACGUGUUACCGUUCAAAUGGAUCAUGUAAUCAAGGAUGUAUUCAAGGAUGGCAAGACCCAGACUGCAAUGAGUGCAGUGCAACCUAUUAUGGAAAUGCGUGUACAGAGAGGUGCCAAAACUGUAUAGAUGGUGCAUGUUUCCGCCAAAACGGAUCUUGUAUUAAUGGCUGCAUCGAUGACUGUAAGACAGAUAACGCAGUCAACACAGACUUCUCAGAAAGACAGAGAAACUUUGGUGGAACAGAUUUUACCAUAAUUGGAGCUGGAGUUGCAGGAACUGUCUUCAUUUUAAUUCUGAUAGUCGUUGUGGUGAUUGUUUUAAGGGCACGAUGUAGAACACAAGAUGGCUCGACUCAAAAGAUUUUAUAUCAGAAGAAAUCACAUGAUAAAAAAGAAAUCCUCAACGGCACUGAUUUGCCAAGAGUAACAAUUCGAAGAGAGGAUGAAACUGAGGAACCAUACGAGGAAAAUCCAGACGAGGCUGUGUAUUAUAACGACCUUACUACUACAAGAGACAUCAAAGUGUCAGACCUCUCGAGCAUAAUUAAACACAAAGAAGCUAAUGAAAACGAGGGCUUUGUGAAGCAAUUUAAGAAUCUUCCUUACGGUGAAAGAUUUGAUUGUGAAACGGCUAAACUAGAAGAAAACUUUCCAAAGAAUAGAUUUAAAACAACUUUUCCUUAUGAUCAUUCAAGAGUUAUUUUACAAAGAAGUGACGGGUUUACUUCGGAUUACAUAAAUGCAAACCACGUUGCGAACAUGGAAGGACACAGUGAAUUUAUUGCAUGUCAAGGACCCCUGGCCGUAACUUUGGUUGACCACUGGAGAAUGGUGUGGCAGGAACACAUUGACUACAUUGUAAUGUUGACAAACCUGAAAGAGGGACCAAAAGUGAAGUGCCAUCAGUAUUGGCCAAAUGAUGGCAAGAGACUUGAUGCUGGUCCAUUUGUGAUAACUUCAGUGGAAGAGAAAGUUUAUGCAUGCUUUAUCGAACGAAAAAUGGUUGUUAGAAAAAAGGGGGUUUCAGAGUCGAGAACACUCGUUCAGUUUCACUACAUUCAAUGGCCAGAUCACGGUACUCCAAAUCCUUUGGACCUUGCUGUCUUCCACAGACAAUUCCGGCACACAGUACCACCAUCGCAACAUCCUAUACUCGUGCAUUGCAGUGCAGGAAUUGGUCGAACUGGCACAUUUAUAGCCCUAGACGUGCUGUGUAGGUACGGAGAGAAGAAAGGAAAAAUCAACGUCGUGGAGUACGUUAAAGCUAUGCGAAAAGACCGAAUGACAAUGAUACAAAAUGCAGACCAGUAUGCGUUCCUUUAUCGUGCGCUGUAUGAGUUUUUCCGACGAAAAUGGAGCUUAAAUAAAAAAGAGGAUUUUUUGAAGUUGUUUGGAGAUACGGAAAGACCAAAAACCAGAAAACUACUGACAGAUGAAUUCAAUGAACUUACAAAUCUGAGACCAAAAUACAGCUACAAUGAAUUUAAAACUGGAAAGAAGUAUGCAAAACUCAAUGCUGUUAGAGAUAUUUUACCAGUUGAAAAAUAUUUGGUGUACUUGACAUCAAACAUACCUGGAAGAGAACAAUAUUACAACGCAGUCACAGUAUCGUCAUUUAGCAGAGCAGAAGAGUUCAUUUCCGCUCAAUUUCCAGUUCCUGGGGCGAUUGUUGAUCUCAUUCGUCUGCUAGUUGACCAGGAGUCACAUUUCCUUAUCUCUCUGAAUCCGCUUUCUGAUGAUAAUGAGUUAAAAGGCUUGGUUGAAGAAGAAAUUAUAAAGCUGGAUUCCUAUGAAAUCACUAAGGAAAAACAAACAACAUUAUCGAAUGGAAUAAGAAAAACCAGUCUUCAAAUUAAACAGUUGAAGGUUUACAGUGGAAUUCACAAAGUGCAUAUUUUUGAAUGUUUGAAUUGGGAUAUGAGCCAUAGGAUUCCUCAAGAAGCAUCAACACUUGGAGAUUUAAUCAAACAAUUCAACCUUGAUCGCAAAGCUGAAAAAGAAGGACAUAUAACCGUCAUCUCAAAAGAUGGUGCAAUCUGUUGUGGGGUAUUCAUAGCUGUAUAUAAUGCAAUAGAACAGCUACAACAGGAUAACCUGUUGGACCUUUUCACUAUUAUUCAACAACUGCAGUGUCGCAGACCGCAAAUGAUAUCCAGCAAGGAAGAAUAUGAAUUUUGUGUCAAAACGAUGUGUGACCUUGUGACCUUUGACAACGUUUAUGCCAACACUUGAACGACAUUUAUAGGCUUUUAAAAAUACAAAAUUUAAGUACAUGAUUUUAAUAGAACUAUUGAUAUAUAUGUGCAUCCAUUUUGCUCGUCGUUACAUGUACAUGUAGCUUAAAUGUGUUUAUGAUAUAAUGCUUAAGGAAGCUUUUCUGAUCAUCCAUCCGUUGUCUGGUAUUCAUCUUGACCGUCUUACAUGUACAUGUAGGUCGUCCGAGUAGGACAAUAUGUUGUAAAUAUAAACUUAUUUUUACUUCUUUUUUUUUUUAAUUUUGUGUUCGUUAUCUCCAUUUGUGCCCUUCAUUGAUUACUUCAGGUUCUGAACGUGCAUGACUGAAAUCUCAACGAAUGUUAUUCCAGUUUCAUUUACGUGAAGCAGUAAUUAGAAAGUCUGCUCUGGGGUCGAGAAGUAAAGAGAUGAUCAUUACGGUAAGGGUUCGAAUCCAAUUGUAGGAGGAGGAAUCCGAUAUUUCGGAUGAUACCGUCUUACAAAUGUACGUGUACAUGUACGAAUUAACUAUUUCCUAUUCACUGUACAUUCUUUAAAUAAAAAGUUAUUCAUCCAAGACGAUGAUUUUAUAGCUGUUCUAUUUGACUUAUUGUCGUCUAAUAUAUAAUCAGGAAUCAUCAUUUCUUAAUUGUUAGAACACAUAAUUAGAACGUAAAUAUAUUUAAGAUCAGUGUAUUGUCAUUCAUUUGAAAAAAAAGUCUUGUUGUAUAUUCGCCAGCUUAUUUUUCGUUUUUCACAACAUGUUACAUGUAUAUAUGAUAUUUUGGAGCUUUUUUCAAAAAAUUCCCAUAGGGUUCAAUAAUAAAAGUUUUCAACAUUUGAAGUGGCCCCAUCAGAAAACAAACAGGGUGAUAAGCGCUCAAUUUUUUAAUCUCAA